AUGACUUCCUUCUACAUGACCUCAAGCCAGCCUCUGGGCAGCACCCAGAAUCCUGGAGAAAGAAAUGUCUGCCCCUCCUCCGCUGAUAUUGGGUACCACCCUGGCUUAGAGGAAAAGGUUGCCUGCCAGGGCCUCCUGGCCAGCCUGGCACAUGUCAACCGAGUUCGAGUGGGGACCACCCCACUGGGCCGACCCAAUCUCUGUCUGCCCAACAGCUGCCACAAUGCUUGCCCCUUGCCAGGAACCCGCAACAUUCCUGCCAACAUCGGAAGCUGUGGGGCCUACGGUGAAGGCACCCUGAACGGCCAUGAAAAGGUGACCAUGCAGUUCCUGAACGACCGCCUGGCCAACUACCUGCAGAAGGUGCGGCAGCUGGAGCAGGAGAACGCGGAGCUGGAGACCAAGAUCCGAGAGUGGAGCAAAUGCCAUGAGACCACCAUGUGCCCCAACUACCAGUGCUACUUCCAGACCAUCGAGGAGCUCCAGCAGAAGAUCCUGUGCAGCAAAGCUGAGAAUGCCAGGCUGGUUAGCCAGAUUGACAACGCCAAGCUGGCUGCCGAUGACUUUAGGAUCAAGCAUGAGAGUGAGCACUCCCUGCGCCUGCUGGUGGAGGCGGACAUGUGUGGGAUGCACAAGCUCCUGGAUGACCUGAGCCUGGCCAAGGCCGACCUGGAGGCCCAGCAGGAGUCCCUGAAGGAGGAGCAGCUCUGCCUCAAGAGCAACCACGAGAAGGAAGUGAACAUUCUGAAGUGCCAGCUGGGAGACAGGCUCCGGAUUGAGCUGGACACGGAGCCCACCGUGGACCUGAGCAGGGUGCUGGAGGAGAUGCGGUGCCAGUAUGAGACCAUGGUGGAGACCAACCGGCGUGACGUGGAGCAGUGGUUCGAAGCUCAGUCUGAAGGCAUCAGCCUGCAGGCCUCGUCCUGCUCUGAGGAGCUGCAGUGCUGCCAGUCGGAGAUCCUGGAGCUGAGAUGCACGGUGAACGCCCUGGAGGUGGAGCGCCAAGCCCAGCACCAGCUGAAAGACUGUCUGCAGAACUCCCUGUGCGAGGCCGAGGCCCGCUUUGGCACCGAGCUGGCCCAGAUGCAGUGCCUGAUCAGCACCGUGGAGGAGCAGCUGGCCGAGAUCCGGGCUGACCUGGAGCGGCAGAACCAGGAGUACCAGGUGCUGCUGGACACAAAGGCCCGGCUGGAGUGUGAGAUCAACACGUACCGGAACCUUCUGGAGAGCGAGGACUGCAAACUCCCCUGCAAUCCCUGCUCCACGUCUGCUGCCUGUGUGCCUCCCGCCUGUGCUCCUCGCCCGAGCUGUGCCCCCUGCACCACUUAUGGGCCUGGCUCAGCCCGUGCAGCCAGCACUGGGAGCCGGUUCUGAAUGUCUGUGGACCAGCGGAGGCGGCUAAAGCAAGGGGAUACACACAUGGCAAUGCUCAUUAGACAUUUCGGAAAUCUGGCUUGUAACUAUCACUGACUUUCCGCAUGCAUAGGCCUGUCCAAACCUACCAGGAAAAGUGGGAUCUCGAUGGGGAGCCUUCCCUCUCAGCUCCCGAUUUUCCCAGAUGGGAUCCACACCUCCCUGGCUGGGUCCUGAUGACCAGUGGUCGCUCAGAGUAUCCACCUGGAGACACUCAGGGAUGGGAUCCGAUGGAAGAAUCAUUCGGGGUGAGUCUAGGGCAGUGACAGUGAACCUUUUGAGCUCGGUGUGUCAGCAUUUUGAAAAACCCUCACUUAACUCUGGUGCCAUGUCACAUAUAGAAAUUUUUUGAUAUUUGCAACCAUAGUAAAACAAAGAUUUAUAUUUUUGAUAUUUAUUUUAUAUCUUUAAAUGCCAUUUAACAAAGAAAAAUCAACCAAAAAAAUGAGUUCGCGUGUCACCUCUGACACGCGUGUCAUAGGUUCGCCAUCACUGGUCUAGGGCAUGACUUGAAGUUGUGUUUCAAGGACACCGAUGUUAACUUGAAAAAUUUACCCACUAAACUUACUUUGUUUGUGACCAGGGAAGUGAGGAACAAACGUCACUGUUUAGGAUUCCCCCAAAUUGGCUGUUUCUAACAUCUCCAGGCCCGGAAAAUGAUCCCAGAGGGAAAUAUGGGACUAGAAACUGUAUAUUUGAUCACUUCCUCUCCCACUUCCUCCUCCCUGCGAAGGAAGCUGGUUCCACUUCCUCCCUAGGUCAGGGGGGAACCUCCUUGCAACAAAUCUGAGUUCUCUCCACUCAGGAUCCCUGUCUUUGACAAAGGGCCAGGCUCGCCUCUUGCUAUGUCAAGGGACCUUUCACAUUAAGAAAUCUCUCUUCUCUAUAAAUACUGCCUCUCACGACUAUUGUCUGGCUUGACUCCCCUCUUCAUCUAAUUUUACAGUAAAAUUUCAACAGUGACUUAAUUUUUUCUAGCAUGUCCCCCUGAGGUAUUAAAACCUACCGAUUCAACAGGAGAGGACUGCUGGCCACAAGGGUUUCGGGGUAAUGGAAAAAUAGAUCAUGACAGUAUCUUCAACACAUUUAUGUUUGCUUACUUCCUAUGCUUCCGCUCUUGUCUCCCACUCUUCCCCGUCCUCACCACAAUCCAGCCACGGCGGCCUUUCUGUGCGGGACAUGCUAGGAGACCUGUCCCUGCUCUUCCUCCUCCCUGGAAUGCUGUCCCCCUCUUCCUGGUUAUUCAGGUCUCCCUCUGAAAGAUCCUGCUUGAUCAUCAGUCUUCGGUACUCACCUCCUCACUGUCUGUCCUGUUUAUUUUCAUCUGAGUAUCUCUCAACAGCUCAAUUUGCUUACUUGCCUAUUAUUUUCUCAUUAAAAUGCUUCCUUGAGAUUAGAAUUUGUCUACUGCUGCUUCCCCACGGCCUAGGCCACCACCCGGCACAGAGCAGAUGCUCAAUAAACA